AUGUCUUCAGGCGCAGCUACUGCUGCUGCUGCCAAUACCAGUGCGGCUCCUACUGCUGAACCUGCGGCAACAAAUGCGGCAACUGCGGCCAACACGCCGACCAGUUCUGCGGCUGCAACCACGGCCAGUUCUGCGGCCGAAACCACCUCCUCUGCGCAGCCCACAACCUCCAGCGAACCGACUACUAGCAGCAGCAGCAGUACCAGCAGCACUUCGAGUUCGAGUAGCACCAUUAGCACAUCUUCGACCGUGCCUACUACAACCUCUUCGUCUACGUCUACAACAUCCACAUCAUCAACCUCUUCCACAAUCGAGCCGACCACUACCGAGGCCCCUUCGACUACCGUACUUCCCUCAACUAGCAGUGGCUCAGCCGGAACGACCGUUGUUUACGUUACGUCUACCGCCGCCCCGAGUGAGAACACUAGUGCCUCCAUCACAUCUUCCAGCGCGACCGACUCUGCCGCUCUCGCAACCUCUACUGCAGCAGCCAGCUCCGGCGGUCUUUCUCCCAGCGGAACAAUUGCUGUUGCUGUCGUUGUGCCAGUGGUUUCCGUGGCCUUGAUCGUCUUGGCAGCCAUCUUCUUCUGGCGCAAGCGCAAGGCGAACAAGGCGAACGAGGAAGAGCGCCGCAAAGAGGUGGAGGAGUACGGCUUCAACCCCAACAACGACCCAACUCUCCCCGGAAUGGCAGGCGUGGUGGCACCGAAGGACGACACUUCCUCUGGAUACCGUGGAUGGGGAACUACUUCUGCUGGACGCAAGGCAUCCACCAACCUCUCCAGCGGUAUGGGCGGUCUCGCCAUGUCGGAAGGAAGCAGCCCCGGCUACCACCAUGUCGCGACUCCCAGCGAAGGCACUGUGCAAUACUCGGAUGGAGUUCGACCGGACUCUGGCGAGGUUGAGCCCAUUGGUGUCCUUGGUGCCGCGCCCGCAGCCGCCAACAACCGCACUGGCGACAUUCACCGUGGCCCUUCCAACGCAUCCUCUGCCUAUUCAGCUGCCAACCGCUCCGAGGCUUCGGAGGAAAGCCACAUGUCUGCCGCACACCCGUCGGGUGGCUACUACGGUGAGAACCCGUACUACGGCGACAUCAACACCCACGGUGCCUACGGCGACGAGUCCUAUCAGCCCGUUAUCCGCGACGUCCAGGCACGUCGCAACACACGCAUCGAAAACCCCGGUGUCUACCCCCGACAAGGGAAUGCCGGUAUCGCCCAGAACUUCUAA